GCAUAUGAUCCUAACUAGGAGCAUUUGUAGAACUAGUUCUGGCAUUCACAAGCAAAUGGCUCACAAACUAUUUUCACACUUCACUGUUCCCUUCUUUCUGAUAUUGGCUUUGAGUAUUCCAGUCGCUCCUUUCCGGCCUACUGCUUAUGGCCAGCAACUUGACUAUAAUUUCUACGACCAGUCAUGCCCUCGUUUGGAAAUGAUUGUUAAGUAUGGUGUUUGGGCAGCUUUGAGGAAUGACUCCAGGAUGGCUGCAUCCCUCCUGCGGUUGCACUUCCAUGAUUGUUUUGUUAAUGGUUGCGAUGGGUCGAUACUUCUUGAUGACACAAAGAAAUUUCAGGGAGAAAAGAAUGCUCUUCCGAACCGCAACUCAGCUAGAGGAUUCGAAGUGAUUGACAGUAUCAAAGAGGAUGUUGAAAGAGCUUGUCCGUUCACUGUUUCGUGUGCUGAUAUAUUAGCUCUUGCAGCAAGAGAAGCUGUCUUGCAGUCUGGUGGGCCUUUUUGGUCUGUUCUAUUAGGCCGGCGCGAUGGAUUGACUGCAAGUCAGAAGGCAGCUAAUGAAAACUUGCCUAUUCCUUUUGAGUCGCUAGAAAACAUCACUGCUAAGUUCGUAGCUCAGGGCCUUGACUUAAAGGAUGUUGUAGUCCUCUCAGGAGCACAUACCCUAGGUUUUGCUCAGUGCUUCACCUUCAAGAACAGGCUAUUUAACUUCAAAGGCUCUGGCAUGCCUGAUCCUGGACUUGAUUCUUCAGCACUGAAGAACUUGCAAAGUAUGUGUCCUAACAAAGAUGCAUCAAACAGGGAUCUAGUUCCUCUUGACUCCGCAAGUGCUUAUAGAUUUGACAAUUCAUAUUUUACCAACCUUGUGACCAAUACUGGCCUUCUUGAAUCUGAUCAAGCUCUAAUGACAGAUUCAAGAACAGCUGCAUUGGUCAACUCCUAUAGUUCAUACCCUUAUCUUUUCUCCAGCGAUUUUGCAGCAUCAAUGGUGAAGAUGGGUAGUGUGGGGGUACUAACAGGAGAACAAGGGCAAAUUAGAAGGAAAUGCGGGUCUGUAAACUACGGAUGGCAUAUGUAGUGAUGAUCUCUUUAUGGAGCUUAUGUUGUUAUAUUACCAACUAAUAAAUAUUUUAGCAGCUUUCUGUGCAGAACGAAAUUAAUUUGUAAAAUUAUUGUUAUUAUUGACAAUAUCGUCUUGUUA